GUGCUCUCCGUUGUUGGAGUAGCAGAGAGUGAGUGGUGCUGGUGGCGGGCGGUCUGGUGUGACUUUGCAGCGCCCGUGUAAUCUCCGAGUGGGCGAGAGGGAGCUGUCGUGAACGGUGUGAUCGUCCAUCUCUGCUGUCCUGGCUGUGCGCCGCAGCAGCAGCCGUCCCCCCUUCCCGACUCCCUGCAUCCCAAUGCCGGCCGCCUCGAGUAAGAGCGGCCCCCAGCAGCAGCAGCAGCAGCAGCGAGCGGGCCGUUCAGCCAUGGCAGCCAGCGACUACUCCAUCAACUUGACGGUGCAGCAAGUGCUGAGCCUGUGGGCGCACGGUACCCUGCAGCAUUUCACAGAGAUGUGGUACUGGGUUUUCCUCUGGGCCCUCUUCUCCUCCCUCUUCCUCCACGGUGCCGUUGGUCUGCUGAUGUUCAUAAUGCUUCAAAGACACAAACAGGGCAGAGUUAUAUCUGUGAUAGCCAUAGUUGUGGGCUUCCUGGCAUCCAUCACAGGAGGAAUGAUCACAAGUGCAGCAGUGGCUGGUGUGUACCGGGUGGCUGGGAAGACGAUGGCUCCACUUGAGGCAUUGGUAUUUGGUGCUGGACAAACAGUACUCACGGUUGUCAUCUCAUUCUCAAGGAUUCUAGCCACCCUAUGAGGGCAGAAUUCUGAAGACUAAGCAAGUAUUGUUGGAGCUCUUUUAAUGUGAGGAGACGAAAGAGUUUGAGACAGAUUUGAAUGCCAAGGCAUACAACCAUGAGAUGGCGUGAAGGAUGCAAGCUUAGGUGACCGCAAGGCGAGCAGAACCAAGCCAUCUGCUGUUUAAAUGUCUGCACUACAGCACCAUAUGUGCUUCCUCCGUAAAGGAGGGUGUGAAGAUUACUAAUGAGUCUGUGAAGCCUCACGAGCAAAUCAUCCUGUACAGUUAUCAAUCCCAUUGAGCAUUAGUGGUGACUGAUGCACACAGCUGUAAGUGCACUCUACUGGAAACUGCAGGGAUAGUGUUAGUAUUACAUGUGCCAAACUUGGAAGUUUUUAAAGCAUUAUUUUGCAACUGUGGCCUGUGGUAUCCAGGCAAAAAUUAGACUUUGGGGAGGGGGUUUGUUUACUACUGUAUAUUAACAAGAUUUCAAGUAUUAGAUGCAUUUCCUAUUCAGCCUUUCCCAACAUCUGAAAAUACUCUGUUGGUAUUUGUGUGUUGAUGAUGGAAAGCCCCCACCCCCUGGUGAUCAUGUUUAAACAUUCUGCCAUUAUUACCUAGCUGCUUUUAUAUUCUAAUGACCAACCUACCUUUUGUUUUGUUCAUUAUUGCUGCUUUCAGCUGCACCCAAGGCAACCUGCUACUCAACUGCACUUUACAGAUGUUUUUGGAAAGGAGUUGCUGUAUAUGUAAACGGAUAAAGCAACCAGGGUUCUCCAUCGUUUAUUGAGCAUGUCACUUUAAUCGGAAUGAAUGGAUACAGCUUUUAGAGUGCAUGGCAAUAGCCAAAAACAAACGCAAACCAUUAUUUAAAAACAGAAAAUCCUGAAUUACUCAGCAGGUUUAGACAGCAUGUGAGAAGAGAGGAACAGAGCUGAUGUUUUGAGUUGAUUCAUUUUUCCGUUCAUUUAUUCUGUUUACAGUUCAUAAUGCAAAAUCAUAAGGGGAUAUUUGCUAUUGAGAUUGGGAAAGGACUGGACAUGUGACUGGUGGAGCUUCAGUCUUCUGCUGUAGAUGACAGUACAGUGAUUUGAGCACUGUUUUCCAAGGGAGAUCUAAGUAACCAUGCCAUGGUUAUCAGAUCUUGAGUCUGGAUACAAUUUAAACUAGUUCUACCUGGUGGAAGAUAUCCUUCUGUCUCAACUAUUAGGUGUAUAUGAGCAAAGUACAUCUCGAAGCACUGAAACAUGCUUAUCAUGCACUCACCUUGAGUUUUAUCAGGGAAAUAAUAUUCAAGUUCCCUUUUGUUCAGUGCAAGGUGGAUCCCUGGUUUGCGAAUUCAUUGAGCUCAAAUUCUGAGCUAUUGGAGGUUGAGCAUUUAGAAACAUUUGGAUUACUCCCAGACUUGAGUUAGAACUUGACAUCUUGCUGACAUCGUGAUUUAAGGCUUCCUUCACUUUAGUAUAUAAAAACUAUUUUUAAAGAGCAUGUUCCUGAAAUGAACUUUAAAGAAAAAUUGAAACUGCCUUCAGAAAGUUUAGAUGCUGUUUAUACAAUGUGAAGAGACAUGCUUGCUGGAAGUUUUUGGUUUCUGAUGGCGGCUUCAAGAACAAAAAGCUCAUUGGGCUCAAUUUUUUUUUCCUUCAGUUGAAUGUAGGAUUACCAAGCUUGUUUGUUUUAAUUUUUUUUCAAUGUCAUUCGAAACUUAUAGGUGAAGGAACAUAUUGAAGCUGUUCAAAUAAUUUCUUCAGGCGCUUGAAGUUCAAAACAAAACUGGUUUCUUUAUGUAUGUUUGAAAUAUUUUGAGAGAAAGGGAGUAAAAGCUUUGUUAUUGAGCCAGAAUAUUCAAGCCCAUCCAUGAUGGUGCUGCACUGAUAAUUUGCUCAGUCUGUUAGGCUUUACCAUGUUCCCCCUCUUGGUACGUGUUCUGCUCUUACCUUUCUGUAAGAAGAGAAUAUCCACAGCUGGCUGGUUGCAUUUAACCUCUGCAAUGUGAUAGUGAUUUCGAGUCUCCUAAUUAAAAGGACCACCCUUAGGUUCUGGACCCAAAAUUCAGUCGUCAUUAAAAUCUCAUUCUGGUAUUGAUGCUUACUGUGUGAAUUUUGACAACGUAAGCAACUGGAGAUGGUGGAAACUGGGCCAACACACAAAGCUGGAGGAACUCAGCGGGUCAGGCAACAUCUGUGGAGGGAAGUGGACAGGCAACAUUUUUUGGGGUCAAGACCCGUCCAGUCUCAACCUGAAACGUCGACUGUCCAUUUCCCUCCACAGAUGCUGCCUGACUCACUGAGUUCCUCCGGUUUUUUGGAUGUUGCUGUGUGAAUCUUCCUGGUUGUAAUGUCUAGACAGCUAUAGUUGAGGGACUGCAAGUGUUGCUGCUGCAGCAAGCAUGAGCUAGAACAAUGUUUGAUGAUUUCCUGCUUACUCAUUUGUUUAAGAUUAAGGGUGUUUUUAGCCAUUUUGAAUGAAUAGUGAAUAAUUUAAAAAAGGGUGACAAGUACAGUACAUCUGCUAGACUCAUUCCCAUCCCCUUUGAACAGGGUGACAAUCAUUUCCAACUACACUUGACCACUCAAACUCUGUGUGUGUGUGUGUGUGUGUGUGUGUGUGUGUGUGUGUGUGUGUGUUGGCAUGCUGGAACUGAGUACCUGUGUCAUUCAAUGCUCCCAUCACUCCCAAUUGUAAAUGUCCUUGUGAAUGUUUCACCUCUUAUUGAUCCAAAAUUUGAUCUCAAAGUUUAACUUAUAUUUUUAUACUUCAUAACAAACCAGUGUUGCUCACUAAUUCUAAUCAAAUGCCUUGUUUAUAGAUUUCUGGCAAUGCUUUCUUGAUAAAAGAUGGCAAUGUAAUGUUAUGCCAGCAAAGGUGCUUGGCUUAUUAAUUUUAAUUAAAUCUGCAGUAAAGCAUCUAUAUGAGAGUGACCAUAUUACAGUUUAAAAGAUUUAUUUUAAAAAAUGCCUUAGUUUAAAAUAGAAGUUAAAUUAUCAGGUCUUUCCAGUAACACUUAAAAGCCCAUUGAAUACUUCAGUUUGCUCCAGUUCUGAAUAUGUAAGGCAGAGGUCAAACUAGCUCAGAAAUGCCCUAAAUCUCCAACACUUCAUAAAAUGAUGAAAUGUUCAUCUAUAUCAGCAGUUAGCGCUGCUGCUUCGGAGCUCCAGUGACCCAGGUUCAAUCCUGACUUCUGGUGCUAUCUGUGUGGAGUUUGCAUAUUCUCCCUGCUGCCCUUUUGGAUGCUUUUUUUUCUGCAUCCCAAAGAUAAGUGGGUUGUUGAGGUAAUUUUUACAACAAUGAAUUGAUGUAGGUGAGUGGCAGGGGUGAAGUUGCUGAGAAUUUUCCUGGGAAAAUAAGUGGGGCAAUGGGAAUCCUCAGUUAGUAUAGACUUUAAGUUGAAUGACAAUUUCUCAGUGUACAGUAAUGAAAUGUGUAUCAUACAGUAACUGUAGGUUAUGGAAUUGCACCUGUGGAACUUACUAUUCUGAAGCAUUAGCUGUUUGUUUUCACUGCAUCCUGGUUGGUUAGUUAGUUAGCCAGUUCCUGCUGUUGCUGACCAAGAUUCCAGAGCUAUAAUUUCUUCAGAUGGUCAUUUAAAAUGUUAGUGGGAGUUCCACCUUGGUGGUUUAAAAACCAGCAGAGUACAUUUGAACCAGGCUAUCGGGGGCGAUUCAGUGGCAGAACUGCCAACAAUGAAAAGUUCUGCAAAGUUGGUGCAUGCUGGAUGAUUGAUUUGUUUCCUGCAAGUUAUGGAUGAGGGCUGCAGGGUUGGGUGAAAUAUAAAAUUGUCCAUGCAUGUGUUGAAUCCUAAUGCCACAAAGCUCCAUUUCUAUACAAAUGUCCUGAGAAAGAUAGAUAGUUUUUAUUUGGCAGAUCCAAAUCUCAGCCUAUUCAAUCAAUGUAGAGCUCCCCACUUUUGAGCCACUGAGGUUGAUCUUCAAUUGCCUUUAUCACUGGCCACCUGCCCUUGAGUCAGGCUGUUGGUUCCUGCCUGUCCACGGUGCAGUCUACUGCAGCAAGUCCAGCAUUUGGCAUAGCCCAUGGCAGUAGAAAGGCUGUCCCAGAAUGGGCAGCAGGCUGUUCUCAUUACCAUGGCUUUAGCAGGUGGUGAAUCACCCACUUUCCCCCAGAAUCCUAAACCGUCAGAAAGUCGUGGAAUGUUUAUGAAAGUGUUUGAUGUUCAUGAACAUUUCAGUAAUACUUGGAACAUUUGGGGAGGUGGCAGAAAGGUAAAACUUUUUUAAAAAAGAAAAUCUAAAGACAUGUCUAUAUGCCAGAUCAAUUAAAUUUAUCAAAACUAAAAUUUAAAAAUGUGCUACUUGUUGGUCUCCUGUUAGACAACUGCCAGUGUCAAAUGGGUACUACCAUGUGGUGCCAGGCUUACUCAGUGCAGCCUGAAAGCUGAGAGACUGACCAGUGCUGGAAACCCAGACUUGCCUGAAUGCUCAUCCAGAUGCCCUAGUGCUGGCACUAUUAUCAGAGGAGAAUAUCUGCCCCAGUACAAUCAGGGAUGGAUGUCUUUUGCUAACUCCUUUUGUCAUUUCCAAACACUAAGCUUCUAAUGUAGAUAUGGGUCUACUCUUCAGCCAUAGGAAUAUAAGAAAUGGAAGCAGUAGACCAUUUUGGCCCCUUGUAUCUGCUCCCUAUUCAAUGAUGUCAUUAACCUUAGUGCUACUUUUGUACACUUAUCUCCACCUCUCAAAUCAAUAGAUUCUCUUGAGCCUCUAGGGUAUAGAAUUCCAAAUAUUCACUACCCUGAGUGCAGAAACCUCUUCUCACUUCAGUCCAUAUGGCUGACCUUAGAUUCUGGUCCCUAGUUCUAGACAUCACAUCCUGGGGAAAAGAGCUCUCCAUCAUCCCAUCAAACCCCAUUUUAAAAAGUGUUAGUCUCAAUGUACUCAUCUCCUCCAUCUAAGCUUGAGUGUAGGCCUAUUCUGCUUAACCUCACUGUAAUAUACAUGCCAUCCCAGGACUCCUGGUGAACCUUCACUGCACCCCCUCUACCACAAAUGCCCCUGAUAAGUAUGUAGUUUAAAAGGGCUGCAUUUUCUGCUCAAGAUGGCAGCAAGACAUUAUAAAUGGGUUUAAAAAGUUCUGGGUGCCAGUUGUUUUUCCAAUGUAUGGAGAUGUACAUUUUUUGGAUUUCAUGCAAUUGCACUUCAUUUUCUUGUCAAUACAUAGCAUUUUUCUUUUGCCAAGGGCUUUUUAAAUUCCAAACCUUUGGAAAUUCAAUGCAAGAAUUCCAGAGAACAUUCUUCAAGCAAGAAAAAUAGGGUCCAGUGAUGGCUUAAAUUGGGUGGAUUAAAAUGCAUUAAAAAAUUUGUAAAACAGAUUGUAUUCUACAGUAAUGGGUCAGAGAACUGAGAGGAGGGUGCCUGUGAAUUGAAAGGCAGUAAUUGCAAGUAUUCAUUUUAGAAGUGAUUUGGCAUCAUGUUGCAGGGUGUGGUGCACACUUGGCACAAGUGUGGAGCAGGCAGUAAAUGAUGCCAGUCUUUGUACAGUGCUGGAUUUGAUGUAAGGUGACCCUGCACAGGAAUUAGUGGAAAGUCCCUCUCCAUCACUUCCUUCUCCCCCACAACUUGCAAUAGUUAAAGGGACUCAAAGGUUUGGUUGUGGUGAAUUGUUGCUAAUUCUGGAGGGGGGAGGUAGAAGCUAAAAUUAUUUGGGGGAAAGCUGGGGCCUUUGGCCAUUCUCCUACAUCACAAGGGAAGGAAAGGCUUGAGGGAGAGAGAGGUGCUGGCCAGUCUAUCUUGCACUAGCCCUGUGUAAAUGGAUCAGAAGAGCAAUAUUUAAGUCUACCCUGCUUCUUCAAAGAGGUAGUCAUCAAGAUAUCAUGUGCUAUAAUUAACCUGUCGUGGCUAUUACUGAGACGUGGCUGACGUCAGGAGAGGAGUGGAGAUUGAAUAUUCCUGGUUUUCGGUGUUUUAAGAGGUGGAGGGGUGGCGAUACUGGUCAGGGACACUGUUACGGCUGUGGAAAAGAUGGAUGUUGUAGAAGGAUCAUCUCUAGAGUCUGUAUGGGUGGAAUUAAGGAACAAGAAAGGAACAGUUACUCUACUAGGAGUAUUCUAUAGGCCCCCCGGUAGCAGUAGAGAUAUAGAGGAGCAGAUUGGUAGGCAGUGUUUGGAGAGAAGCAGAAAUAACAGGGUUGUCAUAAUGGGAGACUUCAACUUCCCAAAUAUAGACUGGAACCUGCUUAGUGCCAAACGUUUAGAUGGGACGGAAUUUGUUAAGUGUGUCCAGGAGGGAUUCCUGACGCAGUAUGUUGACAGGCCAACUAGAGGGAAUGCCAUGUUAGAUCUAGUUUUAGGAAAUGAACCAGGACAGGUGAAGGAUCUAUUGGUGGGUGAGCAUUUGGGGGAUAGUGACCAUUGCUCCAUAACCUUUAAAAUUGUCAUGGACAGGGACAGGUGCAGAGAGGACAAGAGGUUUUUCAAUUGGGGAAGGGCUAACUACGAGGCUAUAAGGAGAGAACUUGGGAGUGUAAAUUGGGAUGUCCUUUUUGAAGGAAAAUGUACCAUGGAGAUGUGGUCGAUGUUCAGGGAUCUUAUGCAGGAUGUUAGGGAUAAAUAUGUCUCGGUGAGGCAGAGAAGGAAUGGCAGGGUGCAGGAACUGUGGGUGACGAGAGAGGUGGAACGACUUGUUAGGGAGAAGAAGGUAACAUAUGUGAGGUAUAAGCAGCAAGGUUCAGACAGGGCCCGUGAGGAAUAUAGGGUAGCAAGGAAGGAACUUAAGAAAGGGCUGAGGAGAGCUAGAAGGGGACAUGAAAAGGCUUUGGCUAGUAGGGUUAAGGAAAAUCCCAAGGCCUUUUUCCAAGUACGUGAAGGGUAGGAGGAUGGCUAGGGUGAAGGUAGGUCCGAUUAAGGACAAAGGCCUGGAGGCGGCGGAAGUGGGAGAAGUUCUCAAUGAGUACUUCUCUUCGGUAUUCACCAGGGAGAGGGGUCUUGAUGAUGCAGAGGGGAGUGCUGGUAGGGGUAAUGUUCUCAAGGUUGUUGAUAUCAAGAAAGGAUGUGUUGAAGUUGUUAAAUAAUAAGACAGAUAAAUCUCCAGGGCCUGACGGGAUUUUCCCCAGGCUGCUUCGAGAGGCUAGGGAGGAGAUUGCUGAACCACUGGUAAGGAUCUUUGAGUCCUCGUUGUCUAUGGGGGUGGUGCUGGAGGAUUGGAGGGUUGCGAAUGUUGUCCCCUUGUUCAAAAAAGGUAAUAGGGAUAGGCCAGGGAAUUAUAGACCGGUGAGUCUCACGUCUGUGGUGGGUAAGCUGUUAAAAAGGAUUCUAAGGGAUAGGAUUUAUGAACACCUUGAGAAUCAUGGACUGAUUAGGGACAACCAGCAUAGCUUUGUUAAGGGAAGAUCUUGCCUCACAAGCCUGAUAGAGUUCUUUGAGGAGGUGACCAGGAAGAUUGAUGAGGGCAGUGCAGUGGAUGUAAGGCGUUUGAUAAGGUUCCUCAUGGUAGGCUUCUUCAGAAGGUCAGAGGCUAAGGGAUCCAAGGAAGCUUGGCUGUGUGGAUUAGGAAUUAGCUUGCAUGUAGAAAGCAGAGGGUUGUGGUGGAAGGAGUGCCCUCUGAUUGGAAGGCAGUGACUAGUGGUGUCCUGCAGGGAUCGGUUCUGGGACCUCUACUUUGUGAUAUUUAUAGAUGACUUAGAUGAGGGGGUGGAGGGCUGGGUUAGUAAGUUUGCAGAUGACACUAAGAUAGGCGGUGUUGUGGAUAGUGUGGAGGGCUGUCGGAGCUUACAGAGGGAUAUUGAUAGGAUGCAGAGCUGGGCUGACAAGUGGCAGAUGGAGUUCAAUCCGGAGAAGUGUGAGGUGGUACACUUUGGAAGGACAAACUCCAGGGCAGAGUACAAGGUUAAUGGCAAGGUACUUGGCAGUGUGGAGGAGCAGAGGGAUCUGGGGGUUCAUAUUCACAGUUCAUUGAAAGUUGCCUCACAGGUGGAAAGAGCAGUUAAGGCGGCCAAUGGGAUGUUGGCUUUCAUAAAUCGCGGGAUUGAGUUUAAGAGCCGCGAGGUGAUGAUGCAGCUUUACAAAACUCUAGUUAGGCCACACUUAGAGUACUGUGUUCAGUUCUGGUCGCCUCAUUAUAGGAAGGAUGUGGAGGCAUUGAAGAGGGUGCAGAGGAGAUUUACCAGGAUGCUGCCUGGAUUGGAGAGUAUUGAAUAUGAGGAGAGGCUUAAGGUGCUAGGGCUUUAUUCACUGGAAAGGAGGAGGAUGAGAGGAGACAUGAUAGAGGUUUAUAAAAUAUUGAGAGGAAUAGACAUAGCAGACAGUCAGCACCUCCUUCCCAGGGCACCAAUGCUCAAGACGAGAGGUCAUGGCUUUAAGGUUAUGGGUGGGAGGUUCAGGGGAGAUGUCAGAGGGAGGUUUUUCACCCAAAGAGUGGUUGGUGCAUGAAAUGCACUGCCUGGGGUGGUGGUGGAGGCAGAUACAUUGAACAGAUUCAAGAGCUUGUUGGAUAGGCAUAUGGAGGAAUGAGAGAUAGAGGGAUAUGUGGGAGGAAGGGGUCAGGUAGUGUGAGGGUGGUCUGAUGGACAGCACAACAUGGUGGGCCGAAGGGCCUGUUUUGUGCUGUAUGGUUCUAUGGUACUCAGCAGGACUAGUGCUGCCACACUGGUACUACUCAACUACAGCUGUGCUGAAUUUCAGCCUCCUGGCGCAAUAAAGCUAACAUUGAAAAUAGUUGUAUUUUUCAAUCUGUAGCACACUUGUGUGGGAAGUUAUGGAGGUGCUCUGCACAAAACAAGCCUAAUUCACUAACUUGUGUAAGAGACCACCUGGUAGUGGAGCAUCUCCAAGAUUUAAAGAGUUAUUGACUGUGCCCAAGCUGCAGUGUGCCCACAAAGCCCUGUAACUCUAGGUUUGGCUUCCUUCCAUUCAUCAUGAGAUGUGUGAGGAGGAAAACUGUUGGAAGAAUGGACAUGUCAGAAAUGCUGGUUGAGCAGAUGUUCAUUGUUCUGAAGCAUUGGUUCCACUGUGCAGACCAGAACCUGGUUGAGUAGCUAGCAGCACGUGUGGGGGAAUGGUCACGAUUGUGGAUGCAUGUUAGGUACACGUCCUAAUUGUCCAGUUAGUUGGGUGGUAGGAAUGUUAUGAAGUCCAUAAGGUAGUGGUGGGGUAGAGAGCUGGGACUUGUGCUUGUUGAGCAUGUGUGAAAAGAAUAAAUUGUUUCCAACAUAUCCAGUUCUGUAUGCUUCACUCCCAAUAUUGCUCUCGAUAGUGACCUCCCACUGGGCUUCCAUGGGAAAACUAGACAGCUUCCUGCAACCCUAUUGGAAGAGGACCUCCCUCUUCCAUUUCAGCAAGAGACCCACUCUCCAUCCUGUUUUCUCAAAGCUUGAGCUCAAAAGCAUUCCCUCUCCAAGAGAUGGGCAGGCAUUAAUCAGCACUAGCUCAAACUGGCCUUUGACUUAAUCUCACCGUGAGGUGUGCUACAAUGAGUUGUCUGUCCCCAUUGAGCUUGACAGGAUAGGCCUCAAGUUCCAAACCAAGUGGACACCUCCAUUCUUGGAGUUUCUCCCAGUCUUGACCUAUGAAUGCUCCCUCUAUCUCAUUGUGCCCAUCAACCUUCACAUUAGCUACCCCAUCAGUAUCAGCCAAGCAGAACCUGUAGGAGGAGGGGGUGGGAAUUGCCAGUUGAGCUCCUGUGCCUUAACUACCCAUUUGUGCCAGGAACUGUACUUGCACCAAUUUCAGUGCAAUCAUCCUAAGGUGGGCUUUGUCACAAUAGCAAGAGUUAAUUGCACAUUAGAAUCCCCACUCAUGUUUUCCAGCACUAUCCAGAAUCCAGUGUUUAGGCACUGGUUUCCAUGGAAAUUGGGAGCAACAUUUGUCAAAAAAUUCUAGGAAAAUGUUUCUUGACAAGUGGGUCAGACAAGGAUGACCUCUGAUUCCAGGCACACCAUUGGACCAUUCCUCUAGUUAGACAUCCAACAGCAUAUAGAGCAAGCGUCCUGUCUGUCGUUAAUGUACAUGGUGAAAAGCACUCAUCUUGGGUAUAAAGAUUGGAAAAGCAAAUCCAACUGUUUUGUUCUUCUGUGGACUAAACAGCUGGAAUAUCCUUUCCAAUAUCUGCAUCAAGAAUUGGGUUCUGACAUUGGGGCAUUUGAAUCAACUGUACUCUUUACAACUGUAAAAUGCAGGGCUCAAGUAUUAUAAAACAAGUUGCUUUCAAGCUCCAGAAAGAGUCAGGUAACCUCUGCAGUGAAGCUUUCUAGCGUAACUGGCACAAAUCAGUUAGGCAAAAAUAUUCCCCUCAGAGGCAGAAGCUGUAAUUCUUCAAUAAUUAUGAAGCCAGCUAUAAAAAUGAGUUUUCUUUUAAAAAGGCACAAAUUGGAGUGUCCCUUAUGAUUGAGAAUGUCCCAAGCUGUGAUUUUGUGCUGUUAACACUAUGGAAGGAAUGGUGCCGAUCUCCUUCCUGUAGAUUCUCCCAGUGUUCCUGCAACAAAGUGACAUGUAAUCAAAGUGACACUGCUCAUUUUGAAAGUCUGAUUUACAGGAAUUCUUUCCUUGCAUUCCAUUCAAUUAGUAGAUCAGUGAAGCCAUAACUGGCUUCAUCUUGGGUUCCUGCCUCUGAAAACUGCAGCUACCCACAAAGGAAGAGUGGGUGAUGGAAUAGAUAGCAAGAUGAAACUGCAACAUUAGCUUAGUUUGAGGUAUGCUGCAAGGGAAGUGAAAGUUUCUUUAAUUAGACUUCUUGGUCUGUUCUCUGGCAGUCCAAGCAUCUCCCUAACCCUGCAAUGCUACAAACUGAAUGCAGCUGCACAUCUGAUCCUGUUUAAGUAUUCCCAUUUACCCAUUUAGUCUAAUCCCAACUGUAGAAUUAAGAUUCAGAUUUAGCCCUUCUGAAUUUUAAACUGUUGGCUAAAAAUGCACUUUCCUUCUUACUGUGUUAUAAAUACUUGCAGCUUAUUAUAGAUUUUAAAAAAGGCAUUUUGUAUUAAACUGCAGGAAUAAGAUAUCUAGGAAAGCAAGUAAUUCAGCCAGUAUAUUUGGAACUCAAUAUGCCAACUCCAAAAGCCCACAGUUUGACUGAAGUCUAGGUUCCAAGAAAAUCAUUUUUGUACUUAAUGUUUAGAACAUUUAUUCUGUACUGUUUACCUGUGGGUGUCCAUGAAAGGGACCAUCUCUACAGUAUUAUGUAGAAGAUCCAAGCUUAAUGAGAUUAAGAAUGGAAGCAUUAGUCUUAAUGCAAUUGGUGUCAUUGUUCCAGUAUCAAAAUACCCAACAUGUGCAAGGCUGCAAGCAGCAGUUGUAGACUGGUGCAGAGAAAAUGGCUUUUCCCAAGCAACCUUAAUUUAAAUAGUUGAUGUCUUGCAGCCAUUUUUUGAACAUUUACCCAAAUAACAAGCUUGCUUUUUCAUUUGUUCAGGUAAAUUAUGAAAUGUAUAUCACUUUUUACAUAACUGUAUUGGCUCAAGCACAUGGCUGUGUGACAAUUGUGCUGCUCCCAGGUAAUUUUGGGUGCAUUGGAUUCUAGGACUCGAUUUGGUUACUUAUAAUUAUCUAAAGCUGCAAGUUGUAAAUAAUGUUUUUAUAUAACCAACCAUUUUUAUUUCCCAAUUUACAUACAGCCUU